CCGGCAGUAACUGCCCUGCUCUGUGCUUCCCAGUGGCUUCUCCUCCGUUUGGGAGCGAUCCCGGUGUCGGAAGUGUCUGCGAGUCCCAACGCGAAGGAAACGAAGGUGGCUCCAUGUCCCAGCGGCAGAGCUCGUGGGAGCUGCACCAGCAGAGCAUGGCCUACCUUCCAGAUCCAGAGCCAGAGCCCGUGGCCGCCAGCACCUCCCUGCCCGACCCCAGCACCGACUGCGACCGGAACGUGCCCCGGAUCUGCGGGGUCUGUGGGGACAAAGCCACCGGCUUCCACUUCAACGCCAUGACCUGCGAGGGCUGCAAGGGCUUCUUCAGGAGAAGCAUGAAGAGGAAAGCCAUGUUCACCUGCCCCUUCAAUGGCGACUGCAAGAUCACCAAGGACAACCGGCGGCACUGCCAGGCCUGCCGGCUGAAGCGCUGCGUGGACAUCGGCAUGAUGAAAGAGUUCAUCCUGACGGACGAGGAGGUGCAGAGGAAGCGGGAGCUCAUCCUGAAGCGCAAGGAGGAGGAGGCGCUCAGGGAGAGCCUCAAGCCCCGCCUGUCGGAGGAGCAGCAGAAGGUCAUUGACGUCCUGCUCGAGGCCCAUCGCAAGACCUACGACCCCACCUACGCCGACUUCACCAAGUUCCGGCCCCCCGUGAGGAGCAGCCCUGGCAGCAAGGGGGCAGCGAGGGCCCCCUCCAUCCUCACCCAGGACUUGUCAGAGGACUGCGGGGACCUCUUUGGCUCCGAUGCCUUCAGCGCGUUCCCAGAGCCUGUGGAGCCGCAGAUGCUCUCGAACCUGGUCCUGGAGGAGAACGACAACACCUCCUCCAUGAGCACCGACUUCUCGCAGCUCUCCAUGCUCCCGCACUUGGCCGACCUGGUCAGCUACAGCAUCCAGAAGGUGAUCGGCUUCGCCAAAAUGAUCCCGGGCUUCAGGGACCUGGCAGCCGAGGACCAGAUCGUGCUGCUCAAGUCCAGCGCCAUCGAGGUGAUCAUGCUGCGCUCCAACCAGUCCUUCACCCUGGAGGACAUGACCUGGACCUGCGGCAGCAACGACUUCAAGUACAGGAUCAGCGACGUCACCCAAGCCGGCCACAACAUGGACCUGCUGGAGCCGCUCAUCAAGUUCCAGGUGGGCUUGAAGAAGCUGAACCUUCAUGAGGAGGAGCACGUGCUCCUCAUGGCCAUCUGCAUCCUGUCCCCAGACCGCCCGGGCGUGCAGGACACGGCGCUGGUGGAGUCCCUCCAGGACCGGCUCUCCGAGAUCCUGCAGAGCUACAUCCGGUGCCGGCACCCUCCGCCCGGCAGCCGCCUGCUCUACGCCAAGAUGAUCCAGAAGCUGGCGGACCUGCGGAGCCUCAACGAGGAGCACUCGCGGCAGUACCGCUGCCUCUCCUUCCAGCCGCAGCACAGCAUGCAGCUCACCCCGCUCGUCCUCGAGGUCUUCGGCAACGAGAUCUCCUGAGCCGGCUCUCG